CCAUUGUUUUCACCAAUUUUUAAAAUUGCUGAUUUUAUCACAAUAUUGUCUGUAAAUCUAUAAUACACCUUGUUUUAUUCAACCUUCAUUGUUACGAAUUUAUACUUGAACGACGUAACGAAAACAUAUGUUUUUAGGUUAAGCCACACAACACAAAAUAGAAUUCGAUUUUUUGGAGUAUUAAUUGUUAAUUAUUUAUUUCUAUUGGGGUGUAAAUCCCUUACAAAUAAUUUUGUGACUGACCAUACUCGUAUACUUUGACAUUUCGAUCAGAUACGCAUCAAUUGUCAUUGAUUGCGCAUAUACAGAAUGGUUCAUAGUUCAUUGGAAUAGAAUUAUAGAAAUCGUUGAAUAAUAACAAAUUACUAAACAAUUUCUUUUUCUUUUACAAAAAUAACUAAUUAUUUCAUUAAUUUGCAGAAAAAAAAUAAGUUCUGAAUAUGACGACAGGUGACGCAUAAUGACGUAUUGCAUUUAUUAUUUAAAGUGACGUCAAAAUCUGGAAGUGCUUUUUAAAAGAUCAUUCAUAAAGUAAAUUUACGUGUCAGUUCACGUAAAUAAUCAUGUGGCAAGAUUUCUACGAAAUCAAAGAAAUGGAUCAAGAUAACUACAUGGACCUCACAGAACUUGUUUAACCUCUUUCUUCCAGUCAUAUGAAAUUUUGGAUUUUUUAAAAAUGCCGGAGCAAAGCAACGAUUAUCGUGUGGUUGUAUUUGGAGCCGGUGGUGUUGGCAAAAGUUCGUUGGUGCUAAGAUUUGUAAAAGGCACUUUUCGCGAAAGUUACAUUCCAACGAUUGAAGAUACUUAUCGCCAAGUCAUAAGCUGCAAUAAAAACAUCUGUACAUUACAAAUAACAGAUACAACAGGGUCUCAUCAGUUUCCUGCUAUGCAGAGACUGUCCAUUAGUAAAGGACAUGCAUUCAUUUUGGUUUAUUCAGUGUCAAGUCGACAAAGCCUUGAAGAACUCAGACCAAUUUAUGACCUCAUUCGUGAAAUAAAAGGGGCUGAACUUCCCAACAUACCAAUUAUGUUGGUGGGAAAUAAAUGUGAUGAAAGUGCAGAACUGAGGGAGGUGACUACAUCAGAAGGACAGGCUGAAGCAGCAGCUUGGGCAGUUAAUUUCAUGGAAACAUCAGCCAAAACAAAUCAUAAUGUGAAGCAGCUGUUCCAGGAACUGUUGAAUAUGGAGAAGACACGCAAUGUCAGUUUACAAGUAACAAAUAAGACGACAAGUCGGGUAGCAAAAGAUAAGUGUGACCUUAUGUAAUUCCAAAAUAUUUUAAAAGUUAAAUUUUUACGCGAUUUUUAUCACAAAAAAAAAA